AUGACGUUGUUUCAAGAAAAGCAGUUGUUGAUGGGAAUAACGAAAGAAGCUGAAGCAGGCUCUCAGCGAGGAUUCCUUGACCAAAUUGAUGUAUCGGAUUGUCCUGUUAAAUACAAACUAUAUAAGGAGCGAUGGCUCAUCCUAGCAGUUUGCUGUCUCCUUGCUCUCUCUAAUGCAAUGCAAUGGAUAAGCUAUAUAACUCUGACAAUUGAAACCAGAACCUUUUAUUGUGAAGAUGGUGUUGAUUGCGAGCCAGCUUUCACAACAAACCAAAUAUUCCAAUUAGUAGCUGUUCUAACAGGCAUUGGAGGAAUGUAUAUAACAGAUGUGUAUGGGAUACGUUUAUCUAUUAUGUUCGGUGUGACUUUCAAUUCAAUCGGAUCGUUGAUUCGUUUGAUCUCAGCCAGUCCCCAGAUUGUCAACAGUUAUAUUAGAUUGUCUCUUCUCCAUUUUGGAUCAACUAUUGUGGCUGCAGCUCAAGCCUUCUUCCUGGUGCUUCCAUCGAAAAUAGCUGAAUGUUGGUUUCCGGAAGACCAGCGUGCUAUUUCGAAUGUUUUAACAUUCAUCGCUAAUCCUGCUGGGGUUGCUCUUGGGACCUUAACACCUCAGCUCUUCUUCCAAUCUCAGAAUAAGACGGAUGUUUCAUUCUCACGCCAAUCUUCUCAGCUGUUCCAUUAUGAUCUCAUUAUGGCCUCUCUCACAACGACAACAUUUGUUUUUUCCUUUUUCAUUAAGAGAAGUCUUCCACCUACACCACCCAGUCCAGCGAAUCAAGAUCACGCGACUGGAGCUCCAUCCUUCUGGCCAGCUAUUCUUAUAUGUUUGAAAAACAAACAGUUUGUCGUUCAACUCUUCACUUUUGCCUUAGGAUUCGCUCAGCUAUGGGGAGUUAUGGUUGUUUUUCCAGACAUUCUAGAUUCUAUUGGCUAUUCCAUUUCUGGAUAUGCAACUGCUAUUUGCGCUUUGGUUGGGGUGAUCUCCUCUAUUCUGGCAGGAGCUGUAGCUGAUAAAACAAAAAAAUUCAAAGAAAUUGUCCAAUUCUGUAGCGUUGGGUUCUUCUUGAGUGCCGUCUUGACACGCGGAUAUUUGGAGAAGAAACGACAGGGGAUCUGGGAUGAUGUGACAAUAUUAUUUUUGAGUUCGCUGCUCGGAGCCUUCUCUAUCCCCCAGUUCCCGAUCGGAAUUGAGAUGGGUGUGGAAACGACGUUUCCAGUGUUUGAAGCAACAUCGUCAGGCCUCCUAGUUCUCUCAGGUCAACUCUGGAUGUUUUUCCUGUACGCACUUUUUAUGUUUGUUGGAGGUCUUCCAUACUUCUACGAAACGUCAACGAACAUUGAAUCCAUCGGAAACUGGCAGUUGAUUUUGGAUAUUUGGUGCGUUCUUUGCUUCACGACAGCCAUCAUAACGCUUUUCUGUUUACAACCAACUUAUAAACGAUUGAUUUAUGAGAAAAAUCAGACGAACUAUCAGAAUUCCCUGCAUUGCAGUCGUCACAGGACCUCCAGCAUCGAGCACAAGGAUUUAGAAAACUAA